AGUACAUGCAGUUUAACAUCAUAAAUGCAGCUUUUCAUAAUAAAAGCCUUUGGCUCUGUGACAGACUUACUCCAUUUUAUUAUCUGUGCCAUUUACAAAAAAGGCCAUCUGCUACUCGUGUGCUGGCACUAACCAAUCACGAUCCAGUACGGGUCCCAGAGACGCCACACUGACAGUUCACUACCCCAAAAGAGGGCUAAAAAAGUCCUACACUCAUCUGAGAUCUGAAUCCUGGCUUUUAAUUUAUGUACUGACGCGACUUGAUUUAUCCAGUGAUGUCAGAAGAUUGAGAGGAUCAGACAGAUGAUCCAGAUGUGUGAUUUUUGUCCAAGCUUCAAGCUUCCUCAUUCCUGUCUCCCUCUCUAUGAUGAGUGGAUAUUUAACCAAUAAACAGGAAAAAAAAUUCUGUGAUAGGACAAUACAGCUGUUUAAAAAAAUGUGGAGCUACUGUUUUGAGAGCUGCUUGGGAGUGAACCACGCGAGUGUGUGUGCUUCUGUACAGUGUGUAGGCAUAAGUGUGGUGACUCAUACUGUACAAGCAUCAUAUUGAAUGAAGAGCGAACAAUGGACAGAACAAAUGGUCAGAUGGAAGGUUUGGAUCAAAGAGCCAUAUUACCUGUUUCCUGCUUCUUUUACCUCCUGUGCACCAUGACAGAGGCACACCGACCGAGCCAUGUCAUGUCCUUCUCUAUGACAAAACAACAUCUCUAACAGAGAGGAAAAGACACAUUGCCGGCUAUCAGGCAGCUGGAGGCUAUUUUAAGCCAAGAUCCACGUUUGGCCUCGAUGGACUUCCGCCUCUGCUUUUCCUUCAGACACCAUAUAUCAGUUUUUGCAACUGGCGGCAUCAAUAAAGCCCUGAGGAAUGUGAAAAGACACAGCAAAAGAACUUGAUGUGGAUGUGCCAUAAUCAAAGGACAACUACAUUCAGGCAUCCAGUAACAGGCCAGAUCUCCUCUGAAAACACUGAAUUCAGCCUUCAGGACCAGACAGAUAGACGCAUGCUGAAGCAGCCGGAGACAACAACGCGGCCCUCCAGCAUCAUCAGUGAGGCCUCCACCAAUGUCACUUCCUCCACUGUUGACACCACUUCAGGUUCAAAGGGAUCGAGGUCCAGUGGCAAGGUCCAUAGCUUUGGCAAACGGGACAAUGCCAUAAAAAGGAAUCCCAGUGUUCCUGCGGUGGUACGUGGAUGGCUCUACAAGCAGGACAGCUCAGGGAUGCGGCUGUGGAAGAGGAAAUGGUUCGUUCUGGCAGAUUAUUGCCUCUUCUACUACAAAGACAGCCGUGAAGAGUCGGUGCUUGGUAGCAUCCCACUGCCCAGUUACACCAUCUCUCCUGUGGGACCUGAAGAUCACAUUAGCCGCAAAUAUGCCUUUAAGGCUACUCACACAGGGAUGCGCUCGUACAUUUACAAACAAAGCUCUGUGAUUGGCUCGCAGGCGGAGCACACUGGGAUGAGGACGUACUACUUUAGCGCAGACACGCAGGAGGACAUGAACACCUGGGUCAGGGCCAUGAAUCAGGCUGCUCUGAUGAAGACAAAUACAGUGAAGAGAGAGGUGUUGGAUCAUCCAGACCGAGUGGGCGAGAAACUCAGGCAGCAGGCUGUUCCUCAAACCAAUCACAUCAACAGCUACGUGAUCCCUGAACCUGAGAUCAUCCAGAAUGACAGACCACCGGAGAGGAAGCCAGAGGCAUUUGUGGGAGAGGUGGAGAGCCAGGUUGGCCCAAGAGAGAUGGAGCAGGUGAGGGGUAAGUCUCCAGUAAGCAGGGUAGUGGAAGUGGAGAUUUUACCCCCAACGUCCCAGGUUCCUUCUCGGGCACCAUCCAGGGCCGUCUCAACCCCACCGGUCGUAAUGAGAAACGGCACACCCUUCGAACAGAACGGCACGGCUGGGUAUCAGAGAGGACCCACGCCACCUUCUCAAACUCCAGUCAAGGUACAGAGGAGGAGCGCUCUGGAGAAGGUGGAAAACUGGGUCCAGGUCCAGAAAGAUGAGCGCCGGGGGUUGGUCGUUACCGACGGCACAAUCCCACGUCAAACACCUUCAAUUCAUCCAAAGUAUGGCACAAUAGACAAGUACCAGUCUUUACCCAAGAACCCACUGCAAAGCCCCCCCGUCACCCAACGGCAGGUGCCCAGCGAAUACAAGUAUUCCCACGACCGGCUAAACCACUACCAGCAGACCCACGGGUACUCGCAGCGGCCCAGGACGAAUGAAAACACGGUGUGGCAGCUCUAUGAGUGGCAACAGCGGCAGCAGUUUCGCCACGGCAGCCCCACCGCUCCCAUAUACACUCCGGCUCCAGACUACUCCACCGCCGUGUCCUCCAACAGGGUCAGUUCGGACAUCUCUCGCUCCGUCUCCGUGCCUCCCACCCUGGCAGAUAUCCCUCCUCCUGGCCCACCCGGGCCUAGGCUACUGUCUCCCCGCAGACCUCACACACCAGCGGAGCGCGUUACGGUCAAACCUCUGGAGGACAGGCCCACUGUGGAAGUGCCACCAUCAAACCCGCCUCACAGAUCACGAUCUUAUAAGUCAGCCACAAUAGAAAGACGCACCGUGCCGCCAUCUGGCUACAUCACACACACAGUCAGUGCACCCAGCCUUCAUGGAAAAACACCUGAGGAGCUCACCCUUCUCCUCAUCCGGUUACGGAGACACCAGGCCAUGAUGGCAGGUGUGCGCAAUGAUGCGCUGACCCACCUCCAGCAGUUGUCUCGGGUGAAGGCAGAUGAUACAUACAUGCAUUUGAAGAAGGACCUUGAAUAUUUAGAUCUGAAGAUGAAAAGUUUAGAGCCUUUGAUCCUCAUGGUUCACGGUGUGUUACAAACCUGCUCUGGGGGCGGGUUGAGAUCGCUCUGGAACGUGAGUGGAAGUGAAACUCUGAAAGGGCGACCGACCAAACCUGUAAAGGUGGCAGAAAGUGACGUGGACGUGACACUGAGUCGACUGUGUGAACAGGACAAAGUUUUGCAAGAGCUUGAGAUCAGACUCAGUGGAUUGAAGGAAGAUAAGGAUAAGCUGGAGUCUGUUCUGGAUAUGUCUCACCAGCAGAUGGAGAAGUACCAGGACCAACCGGCUCACGCUGAGAAGAUUGCCUACCAACAGCGCCUUCUUCAGGAGGAUCUGGUCCACAUUCGAGCAGACAUGUCCAGAGUGGCCACAGAGAUGGAGAGAUCAUGGGAGGAGUACUGCAGACUGGAGCAGUCCGUGGAACAGCUGAGGAACGUUCUGCAGUCUCAGAUGAAUGUUUGUCCUUCACCUCAGGAGAAGAAUCAGUUGAGGAGAGAGCUCUGGAGGAUAGAGGAUGUGAUGACUGGACUCAGUUCCACCAAAGAAACCUUCAAAAUCACUAUAGACUCAGUGAAAAACCCAGAUACAGUAAACACACAUGGGGAACUUAAUAUACUCUUAUAUUGUGUGUGUCCAGAGAGAAAACUUGUGCCUUCAGUAACAGAUUCAACAGUGCCUUUUCGGUGCAUUACCCCGGCAGCGGCUGAGGUACGGUCACCCCAACGAAGUCUUGCCUCCAGUCCAUUAUCACUGCCUCCAGACCAUGAAGCUACCCUGCAGCAUCCUGUGCCAAAAUGGGAAGAAGACUAUGCCCCACCCAGACCACCUUUGCCCCUCCUCUAUGAUGAGGACACACCCCCUGUUGUCCCUCCCCUUCCUAAAGAAACAUCAGUCAUCAGACACACUUCUGUACGUGGUCUCAAGCGUCAGUCUGAUGAGAGGAAACGUGACAGAGAAAGCAACUACAUGAACGGAGAUUGCAGGGUGGAGCUGAGAUCCUACCUAAGUGAACCAGAGCUGCCUGGGAUUGUUCACGGAUCAGAUCAGGUGGACCCAGGCUACCUGACUCUUCAAAGAAGAGGUCUGUCAGGCUCCUCCUCCGGGAUAAAUCAGUAUAGCGGCCUGACCUCUUCAGUAAGGAGAGGAGAUUCAGCAUUACACACAAUGGAAAGACCAAAGAGUGCCUUGGAGCGUCUGUGUUCAGGAGAAUCUCAGCCUGAUCACCUGCCACAGAUAAGAGCGAGGAUGAGUGUGGAGGAGCAGCUGGAGAGGAUGAAGAGGCACCAGAGAGCUUUAGUGCGCGACCGCAAACGUAACUUGAGUCAGGGGGAGCGACAAUCCGUUGGCUCCCGCACCUCCGGUCGCCCAGUCAACUCUGACCCAGGAUCAGGCUGGGAGAAACAAAUUUAUUUUCAGCGACCGAGACAUACAGUGCGGGGGGAACAGAAACAGCGGCCUGUGUCAGAUGAAUGGCUGACGGUUCAAGCCAGACCACUAGAAGAACAAGACAUGCAGUCUGUCGACCUCGAGUUUGACAUUAUCCGAGAGCUCUCUACACCACAGAAGGUACCCAUCCCAAAGCGACUCCUGGACAUGGAGUUAGAUGAAGACCUGAGUCAGGAGGAGAAGGAGGCUCGUUCUCGAAACGUAGCAAAGAUUAAAAGUCUUCUGGCUAGGUCGAGUGAGUCAAUGUCACAGUCUGCAGAUGUGGAGCAGGUAGAUUUCAGUGAUCUGGAUGAUGUGCUUCAACAGCAGAAUAGGAUCAUGAGUGUACCUCGGGCUCUGGCCUUGGAGGCUUCAAUUAAAAGGAAACAAGUCACAGCCAAAGCCAUGUCUGAGAAUCAAAACAGUUGAGAUGCUAUCAUAUGAUAGAAGAGAAGAUUGAUUUUUCUACCAAAUAUUUAUAAUUGACAUUUAUUCUUUAAAUAAAACAUUUUAUAUUUAAGAUAAAAUAUUUUUUGUAAAAUAUGUUUUUAUUUACUGUUGCACCAACUAUGUUAUCAGUUUCACAAUGAUAUUUUUUCUAUACAUUUCUAUUAAUCAUGUAAUCUUGAUAUAAGGUACUUAAUCGUUUGCAGUGUUUGCAUCUAUUAUAAACUUAUUUAAAUGAAGCACCUUUACUCCAUCAUCCUGGUGUUACUCCAUAACAUACAGCAGGUACAUACAGCUUUAAAAGUGUAAAUUCAGGGAUACUGUUGUUGUAUUACGAGGUAUUACUCAUCAAAGCAUCGAAUGUCCUUUAAUAAAAGUAAUUUACAAUAUAAAGGUUUUCAAGUACACUGUUUUUUGCUACUCUGUAUUGUAUCAUAUUGUCUUGUGUUUUUUUUAUGCACUUAAAUUAAUAAAGUAAAAGUUUUAUAAUGUCAAA